UAUAUAAUUUAAUUUCAUACAAAUUGAAGCUUUUGAUUGGAUUAGCCAGUCACAUGACAGUGUUUUAUAUUGUAUAAAGAAUGUUGCCUAUGGGGCCACGCCCCCUUGACAACAAUGAGCCGGAACUACUUUUAUCAUUACUUCCUGUUUACAUUAGAGAUCAUAUAAUACACAUUAUAUACAAUCUUAAACCUUGAAAAAUAAAUAUCAUAAAAAAAAUGUUUGUAUUGUUCAUUUAAACAAUUAAGACAAGGUUUAUACCAAAUAUAUUAUUGAGACAAAAUUCAGAUGGAACUAUAGUUGUUUGGUUUGUUGUCGUCUGCUUAUAAACAACAUGGCAGAUUUUGAGAUGCUGGGUGUAGGGGAGACUAUAGAGAUUAUAGAUAUUGAUUGGGACACACUGCACCAAUUACUGGAUGGUGAAUUUGAUGUCUCAACAUCAACAAAUGAAGCAGAGGAGGAGCUUGAGAGGGUUUUAAGCCCUAUAAAAACAGAAGAAACAAUGUUGCAAGAGCCAUCCUAUAGCAAGAGAUUUAAAUCUGUCAGUGAUGCAGAAAUUCAGGAUCUUAAAGAAAGAAGACAGUCAAAAGCCACAAAAUCUAACACUAAGUGGGGAUUAAAUUUUUUUCAAGAAUGGAGUGUUGAGGCUCUUGGGCAGCCAACCAACUUUCAUUCAAUUUCUGCACCUGAGCUCAAUAGCCAUCUUGAAAAGUUCUAUGCAGAGGCUGCAUCAAGGCCAAAUGAAAAAAGAUCUCAAUCUAUGACCAAACAACAAGCGUCCGAAUAUCAUAACAAUACAUUCAAAAGCAUAAGAUCAGCAUUAAACCGUCACAUUCAUGAUAUUGGACGACAAUUUGAUAUCGUAUGUGACCGAGAAUUUAGAGAAAGUAACAAUGUUUUAGAUGGAAAACUAAAGAAAAACCUACAAGAUGGCCUCUCACGACCAAUCAAACACAAAGAAAUCAUUCCUAUACUAACAGGACCUAGCCAAAAUUUCUGCCUAUGUUUUCGGGGAACCAACACCAAUCUCUUUAAGAUUCCGAAUCUGGUUACUUAUUGCAAUUCAAUUUAUUAG